CACAUUCAUUUCAUCUCAUCUCAAAGCUAUCACAUGCCUUCUCCCUCUACCGUACACUCCUAAUCCUCCCCAAUUCCUCGCCGGAAAUUGAAAAAAAUGGCUUCCUUCGACAUCGUCGACUCCGGCAGACUCCCCGCCGCCGCUACCAGGUCCAAUUUCUCCCACACAUGCAGCCUCCUCAGCCAGUACUUGAAGGAGAAGGGCACCUUCGGCGAUCUCACCCUCGGCCUCACUCCUACCCCCGAAAUCAAAGAUGCUCCUACCGAGACGGUGAAUUUUCUGUCGGCGAUUGAGAAUUCCGGCGGCAGAAAAGCUAAAUCGGAGGCUGUAACUGCGCCGAUGACGAUAUUCUACGGCGGACAGGUCAUCGUCUUCAAUGACUUUCCGGCGGAUAAGGCGCAGGAGAUCGUCGCUCUAGCUAGCAAGUCCAGCGCCGUGGCCGCUCCGCCUCCCGCCGCCGAGUCCGCCGCUGCCUUUGUUUCCGCUCAGCCGUCUCUCGAUUCUGAUUUGCCGAUUGCUAGGAAGAAUUCCUUGGCGCGGUUCCUGGAGAAGCGGCGGGACAGAGUCACCGCAAAUGCGCCGUAUCCAGCGGCGGCGAGGAAGGCGGUGCCGCCGCCGAAGGCGGAGGAGUGGCUUGGAUUGGGGCCGCAGAUUCAGCGCAACUAGUAAUUGAAUUGAGAAAGAUUGUUAGUAUAGUAGAGACUAUAAUUUUACUGCUUUGCCUUUGUUAAUUUGUAGCAUAGUAGCUUUGACUGUUAACUCUUUUUAAGCUAUUUUGUUUCUCAUUCAAAAUAUUAAAUAUUUAUAUUACUACUAUUUUUUUAAUGGUU